AUGGGAGUUUUACAUGUUAUAUUCAAGAAAAGUGUAUCACGCAGUAUGCGUCUUCAGGCGCUUGCGAACGUUUUCUGUGCCGUGUACAUGUUGACGGUGACGUUUAUAGUGACGUACGUGAGUUUCUUCCACAUCGUGCCGGGCUGCUACAGUACAACCGCCGUGUUUUGGCAUCGAUUGGCCAUCUGGUACAUAUUUAUAGGGGCCAUUGGAAACUACAUCACCUGUAUCGCGACUAAAACCGGCAUUAAAAAGAUCCCGACAAUAACGGAUUCUACGUCAUUACAAAAUGGAGGACAGAAAACUGCCAGUGAAGUGAAAGAAAGCAAGACAUCGAAAGCUCACAGGAACGGUCGCGAAUCAGCAGUUCCGGUAAGCAGGCGGGGCCGUGAGCGGUUCUGCCUCCCGUGCGAUAUGCAGGUUCCGGUCCGCUCUCACCACUGCUACCUGUGCGAAGAGUGUAUCGUGAAGCGCGACCAUCACUGUUUCUUUAUGGGAGUCUGCAUUGGCCGGGAAAACCACAUCUACUUCAUAUAUUUCACAUUAUUCAUGGGUAUUGGAACAUUCUAUGGUUUAUUGUUAUUGGCGAAAUAUUUGAAUUACUUGUACCAUAUACAAUUCCAAGGACCACAGACCUUUUUGGUGCUAUUUUUCAACACUUUAAUAGGACUGUUCCGAGGGCAACUCCCCACUUACCGUUUUAUGGGAUUGUUCGUCCUUCUGUACGUCAGUCUGGCCGCCAUGAUGGUCGCUUUUGGAUUUUUUGCUUGGCAGAUGAUGAUUGUAUUAAAAGGGCAGACGACAUUUGAGGCUAAAUUUGGAAUCACGCGCUACUCAAAAGGAAGCUACUUCGCCAACUUCCGGCAGGUGUUUAAUACCCGCUCCCUCGUCUCCCUAUUACUUCCGUUGUGGGACCUCGCCACGGAGACGAACUAUUGUAGAAUAGGUAGCAAAUUUGACUGA